UGUAUCAGCACUUUGUCCACGUCAAUGUAGCCUAUUUCAAAACAUGUCAGAAAUUAACGCGGACACGAUAGCAAAAACACAAAAAUCUUUAGGGAAAUACGUGAAAAAACCCGCAUUAGGUGAAAAACUGUUGAGGAAACCUCCGUUUAGGUUUUUACACGACGUAAUUCGGGCUGUUAUUAAAGAGACGGGGUUUUUGAAGGGACUGUUUACCGAAGUUGAACUAAAUUCCGAAAAUGUUAAGGAAAAGGAGGCCAAAGUGGCCUUCUUGAAUAAGCUCAUCGAUGCUGUCAAAACUGUUUCAAAAACUGAAUUGAAAGUGCGUUCAAGCAAAAUAGUAGCGGGUCUUGAACCUACGGAAACGAACAUUUUAUUGCAAACAAUCGCCAAAUGUAUCGACAAGAAAAUCGAUACAACCGACUAUGUCAAGAAGGUGAACUCAGGAGAAAAUUUAGCCCAUGAAAAAAGUACCAAGAAACCUGAUAAAGAGAAAAUUGAAAAAAAGACAAGUUCCCGGGAAAGCAUAAAGAAAAGGGACCUAAGUAAAACCAGAGAAAAAAAUGUAAAAUCCACCCCAAAGUCUACUGAUAGGGAAACAACGAAAGAUUCGACGCGGAAAAGUAACAAAGAAUUGUCUCGAAAAAAGACGGAAAAGGAAGACAGUUCAAAAAAGCAAGAGUCCAGUACAAAAAAAGUCAAAGAGCAACCUAUCAAGAAUAGUAAAGCUCAAGAGGAACCAAAAACUCAAAAAGAUGCAACAGAAGAACCGUUAAAUAUAAAAGUUACACCAAAAGAAGAAAAAACCAUUGAGGACAAUAAAAAUGAUAUUCAAACUAGGAAUAUUACGCCAGAACAAAAUGAUAAGACUUCAGAAAAUGAAGAAAAUAACCAAGAACCAACUUCAACAAAUGAGGAAGUAAAUAUUCAAUCCACAAUACUAAACAAUUUUUCAAAUGUCAGGCAAAGCAGUGCUGGGCUGGUGAGACCUAAAUCUGCUCGCCCAAAGAGCAGUGGUACAAGUAAUAAUGAGCGCCAACCACAAUCCAUAAAGGCAGAUGAUAAAAAACAAAAAGAAUUGAAUUCUAAUAAAAUAACUGCGCGCCCAUCAAGCAGUCUUCGACCACCAAGCGUGCGCCCACCAAGCGCCCGUCCAGGAGCACCCAGAUUGCGUCCAGAUUCAGCGGUUAUGUUGCCGGUCAGUGAUCCUAUUCCAAUGGGAAAUAUCAAUGUUAUCGUAGAGCAAUUUGAUAAUGUUGCUGAUGAGGAGGAUACUGUUGUGAUACAAAACGCCCCAGAGGGAAAUGAUCUAGGGGAAUCCGAUGGGUUACUUGAGUCCAUUACCAAGAGCGAGAACAAGGGGCAAUUAGUCGAGCAAAUUUUGGAGAAAAUUCAAGAAAACGAGGAUGGAGUUAAGAAGAAGGUCGAAAUUGAUUGGGAGCAAGACGGUUUGAGAGGUAAAGAUGCUACCACUCGCGAGGUAACUCAACUGAGAUCGCUGAUUCAAAACCUGACAAAGUCGGCAAAUCCUUUAGGAAAAUUGAUGAAUUACCUACACGAGGACCUAGAGGCCAUGCACCGAGAAUUAAAAACAUGGACCGACACAAAGAAACAACUAUAUAUGGAGAUUGAAAAGCAAAAAAAACUCGCUGUAGAAUCAAGUAAACCACUACUAGAAAAACUGGAGAGACUAAAGGAAGAGACAAAAAAACAAGAACAAGAAAUAUUAAUUGUUAGAUCCAAUAUCCUUAGAAAUGACCAAAAAAUAUCAGAACUAUUAGGGAAUAAAUAGGUUUCAAAAACAAA